AUGGAGAUGCAUAAGAUCUUCACUGCAGCCAGAGUAUGGCCCAGACGUAUGUGGCUGGGGACAAAGUGUCCAUACCGGACAACAUCUCGUCCAAGACAAAGACACGGAUCGUUUUCAACAACGCAAGCGAUAUUGACCAGCCAGUCUGUUGGAUCCCAGGGCCAGAAGCUCACGUUGGAAGCUGAUACCGAGAAGUUCAGAACGCACUCUGUGCAGGAUCUGUUAUCGCUCAAAGGGAGAGUGACCAUUGUCACAGGAGGCGCCCGUGGAAUUGGUCUCGCUCUAGCCCGAGGCACUGCUGAGCUCGGAAGCGAUGUUGCUGUACUUGAUAUCCUCGAGAAACCAAGCGAUGCAUUUCAUGACUUCCAAAAAGAGCUGGGUGUUCGUGCAAAGUAUUACAGAACAAGUGUAACUGAUCCGACAACAUUGGCCCGAACGUUCGAGCAAGUCGUUUCCGAUUUUGGCAGAAUAGAUAACUGUGUGACUGCGGCUGGAAUAGUGGUCGAUAAGCCAUUUUUAGAAACCACAGCUGAAGAAGGCACCAAUGUUCUAGAAGUAAAUGUGAUGGGCACAUAUCUGAGUGCUCAGUUGGCUGCGAGACAGAUGCAAGUACAAAACUCAGGGGGGAGCAUUGUCAUGAUUGCCUCGAUCGCAGCGCGGUCUGCCCUUCCUGCACAACACCUGUCUAUCUAUGGAGCUUCCAAAGGGGCGGUCAAAGGUCUUUGUAGACAGCUCUCGGUUGAACUGAGUCCGUUGAAAAUUCGGGUCAACACGAUAUCACCUGGCUAUAUAUCGACCGAGAUGACGAGUCGUUUAGCGGUGACGAAUCCCACAUUGCUCUCUGUGUUCAAUUCCGCGGCUCCGCUUCAAAGGAUAGGGGAUAGGGCAGAUCUCAAGACUGUGGUUGCAUACCUUUGUAGCGAGGCUGCGGCGUAUACCACUGGUACUGAUAUUCUGGUGACUGGAGGAUUGCAUGCUGGGCGUUUGUGA